GUUCUCCAGGCGGAGGUCCAGGCCCUGAAGACACUAGUGCUCUCCUCGCCCACCUCCCCGCUGGGCGAGCUCCCCCCUGCAGGAAGCGUGAAGACUCCCUUCAGGAAGGGCCACAGCAGGAACAAGAGCACCUCGUCCGCCGUCCUGGGGUCGCAGCCCGACCCGUCGGCCACGCAGCCAAUCGUACGGGAGUGCAGAGAGGUGGACAGUCAGCUGUUCGGUGAGUUCAAGGCGUGGAAGGAGGAGCCGACGUUGGACCGGGGCUGCUGCUUCCUGGAGAGAGUUUACCGCGAGGACAUCUACCCGUGCCUCACCUUCAACAAGAGCGAGCUGGGUUCAGCCAUCUUGGAGGCCGUGGAGCAGAACACGCUCAGCGUGGAGCCGGUCGGUUUCCAGCCGCUGCCCGUGGUCAAAGCCUCGGCAGUGGAGUGCGGCGGACCAAAUGGGCGAAGGGCUGAGCUCGUCACAAAAUGUGCCCUGAGCGGUCAGACCAAAACCUGUAAGCACAGAAUCAAGUUUGGAGAUUCGUCCAACUAUUACUACGUGUCUCCCUACUGUAGAUAUAGAAUCACAGCAGUGUGUAAUUUCUUCACCUACAUCCGCUACAUCCACCAAGGGCUGGUCAAACAGCAGGAUGCGGAGCAGAUAUUCUGGGAGGUGAUGCAGCUC